AACUAAUUUGCUCCUCCCCUCUGCACCGCGAAGUUGGUUGCAGAUCAUCAGUGCUGCCAUCCUCAAAACACCAAUAGUUAUACCAAUCAUCGUGGAUCAUGAUAAAAUCAUCACUUGAUAUAGAAAAAUGGUUUUGAAUUUUAACCAAAUUUACCUGUAGUUUCCGCACAGUCAAUUAGGUACCUGUUGUUGAUUUCUAUGGUAACCAAGAGCAAUUGGGUUGGACAACCCACACGUUAUCAUUUUUGACGUUAUACCACUUCUACCUCAAAUCAACCUUUACACAGAAAAAAAAGGAAACAGUACAAGUUGAAAUUAAAAUAAUGUCUUUUAAAUCAAUUUUAUUCACCACUCUAGUUUUAAGUCUAACCAAGUCUGUGAUCAGUUUUAGCUUUGGAGAAUUUUUUCAUGAUAAUGUUGUGUGUUUGUUCGGUGAGUGCUGUGGCCGCAAGCAGAUCAAAGCAGAUUUUUACAAAUUGGAGAACCUAUUGUAUUACAACAUUUAUGGACAACAUUUGGCCAAUAAGAUUGUCAUUGCAGCAAUGAAAUCACAUUGGGACAGUCCGCAUGCACAGAAAGCUCUAACCUUGAGUUUCCAUGGAUGGCCGGGGAGCGGAAAGAAUUAUAUCACCAGGUUCAUAAAGGAGAGUGUCUAUCUGAAGGGCUCGAACAGCAGGUUUGUUCAUCACUUCAUGGGGAGAGUGCAUUUCCCGCAAGAAAAAGAUGUUCCUCUAUAUAGAGAGAACUUGUAUAAUUGGAUUAAAGGUAACGUGAGCGAAUGUCCGUAUCAGAUCUUCAUCUUCGACGAGGUGGACAAAAUGCCUGAUCGAGUUCUGGAUGUGAUCAAGCCGAUGAUUGAUUACAACGAGAACGUGGAUAAGGUGGACUACAGGAAGUGCGUGUUCAUAUUCCUAUCGAAUACGGGAGGCAGCAUUAUUACGCGCGAAACGUUGAAACUUUGGAAGGAAGGGAUCAAAAGGGAAGAUAUUCAACUGAAACAUUUCGAACAGCACAUCUCCAAAGGAGUUUUUAAUGAGAAAGGUGGAUUCUAUCAUUCCGAUACGAUUAAGAGCAACUUGAUCGAUCAUUACAUUCCGUUUCUGCCGAUGGAAAUGGAGCACGUGCGGUUGUGCAUCGUGAAUCUCUUCGAGAUGAGGCAGAUCAAGAAACCGAGCGAAGAGGCGAUCACAGAAGUCUUGGAUUUCAUCGAGUGGGGACCGGAACCGGAGCGGAAGUAUUCGAAGACCGGAUGCAAGAGGUUGAGUCAGAAGGUCGCCCUGGUGGCGCACAAGUAUAGAAAAUCGAAUUCCAAGGAAGAACUUUAAAAAGUACAAUUGAACAAAAACACAUUCAGCUAAUUCACGUACAACUCUAAUUUGUACUUAUUUUUUACAUGUUGUAUAUAUAAAUAUUUAAAAUAAUUAAAUUGAUAUUAAUUAAAACCUA